CUUUCUUGUCUAGGUGAUCCUGAUGGCAUGUUGAGAAAUGGAGGCUGAGCAGAACUCAGGAAAAUCUCUCAUCUCAAGUCAUACAUACAAUUGGUACAUGUAAUGCUGUUCUGUGAAUCAUUCAGGAAUGCUGCUAUAUGUGUCCUGGCCAGAUAUAGGAGUCCCUAGCAAUCCUGAACAUGUGCUCACCAUGGUGGAUGAAGCCCUUCGCCUCCAGGGAUAUGGCCCCAGGCCUCUGUGUCCACUGCAGAUUGUGGGUUAACAAGUGUCCUGUGCACUGUGGAUUCUGUAAAACAGUUGUUCCUGACUCAGAUGAUCCCACCUAACUGCAGCCUCUUCAACAUGAUCAUGGAAAUGAGAAAGCAGUGGCCUGUAGUUGUGCAGACACAGGAGCAUCUCAGUACCCGGGGCCAGGCUCUUGCUAUGGCCAACACGGACACAUACGCAGUGGUGCAGAAGCGCCGGGCGCCCCCCGGGGCGGAGGCGGGGGCGCGGGCACGCGGCGCGGAGGAGGCCCCGCUCUACAGCCAGGUGGUACAGCGCGCGCAGCGGCCGCAGGCACACGCAGAGGACGCGCGGGGGACGCUGCCCGGUCGUGUUAUGUCUGACCAAAGCCCCGCUGGGGCUGACACCUACGAGGACGUGGUGGAUGGAGCUCAGACCAGCAGGCUAGGCUUCAACCUGCGCAUUGGAAGGCCUAAAGGGCCCCGGGAUCCCCCUGCUGAGUGGAGCCAGGUGUGAGUGCUGCACCCCUGCCUGCCUGUUGCCCCACGUGGCCACCUGGACUGCUGACGGCCAUUCUCUGCUGUGUGAAGUGUUGGGAAUGGGAGAUGGUUCUGGAUCAAAAUAAAAGUUUCUCAGGGUGGAAA